GUCGGGAAAACGCAAAUCGCCCCCGAAUAAAUUUGAUGGCGAUUCAAAUAGCUCACUAGAUGUUGAAGGAUCCGCAACAGAGACUGGACGCCAAUUUAAUUUCCAAUUAAAUUUAAGCGAAAUCACACUCUCUGCUGCUAAAAUGCAACAACAAUUUGUUAACAAUAAAAAUAAGUGUACUGAGAAUGAGGAAGCCGGCUGUAAUAUUUUGGGGACCAGCGACGGUGAAGGCGAAGGUGUAAUCAAAGGCGAAGUUAUAUGCAAGGGGCAUGAAUUUAUGGAACUUGAGAUGGGUCCUGUGUCGGCUAGUGAUGGGGAGAACGCUUUGUUGGAUAUUGACGCACGGAGCAUUAGCACAGUAACUAGUUCCAGUGAAUCGGAAUUCGAUAAUGUCAGCCAGCCAGCUCAUCAAAUUGAAACGGCAAAAAGGCGUAUUCAAAUUACGUCAAAGUCGCGACUAUUAAAUGGUAUUUCGAAGAUGAAGCCAGCUACUGCGAUUGCUAACGCCAGUGAUAUACUGGCUUUACAUGAUCAAAAUUCUCGCUGCACAAAUACCCUGCCAACGUACCCAACGAAUGAGACAGCUGAGCCAAAGGAUGUCAAUAUCGAGAACGCGAGUGCUAUGAUAUUCAGAAGUCAGUAUAGAAACCUGAUAAAACAAGAACUUUUUGAGAAACCAGACACGGAUUCAAAAGAUCAAAUAAUGCAAAUAGAACAAAACAUUAUUGGUGUAGAACAACAACGUUUUUCGACUGCUAUGGAUGGCGGACAAUAUAUACCUAAUCGAAUGGAACUGCCAUCGCUAAAUGACCUCACUCAUCGUUUGGGCCUGGAUGCCUUUGGCAAGCAAAGCCUAUCAGACGACAACUCUUCGUUGCUCAAACCUUUAAGAGAAAUUGCCACGUUGACUGCAAGAGAGCCAUCCCAGCAAACAUGUGAAAAAAAUCGAGCUGUUUCAGAAAUGAUUCGGCAUUUGCAGCUCAUUCGAAGUAGAUUGAUCAGCCAGUACAUAUGUAGUAUGUACAUAUACAUAUAAGGUGUGCGAAAUUAGUUACUGGGACAAACACUUAACACAUUAUACAGUGGACGCCGGUUAUAACGGCAGUCAAGGGACCGACGAUUUUAUGUCGCUAUACCCGGACGACGCUUAAGCCGGAAGGAGCAAAAA